UGGAAUUGAAGACUUUGCCGCUCUGGCUCGCCAUUUCGAUAAAAAAAUAUUCUUCUCGGUUCAACGCACCAACCAAUUAUGGGUCGCGGUGAGAGAUAUCGCUAAUAUCUAUUUCAAAGUUAAGGGGGGUUUUUUCUCCUUUUUCAGUGGGGGUGAUUAUGACCAAGCCAAAAAACGCUUAAACAUUAAAGAAUAUAAAAUUUUCCUCCGGAAGCAAGAUUUCCAAAAUUAUGAUACUAAAUUCUUUAAAGCCUUAUUACCGUUAUUAAAUAAGCAUCGCGAAAAUUAUCAAGUUCCAGCGGGUAAAAUCCCGGUCCCUAAUGCCUUAAAAGACGUUAUUAAAGAUAAAUUCUUUAUCGUUGAAGAAAAGCCCCCACCAACCUUUUGGCAGAAAGUUAAAAAAUUUUUCUCAAAAAGUAAAAAAACUUCUCCUCCUACUAAAGACCCCGCGGAG